AGUUGUGAAUUAAACCACAACCUCACAAGUUUUAUUUUCUUGAAAUAUUCUCUUUUGUUUACUGAGUUGCUUUUAAUGGAGUCGGAUGGAAUUAUCAGCCUCUUUGAUUCGUGUUGGUUUGAGAUGGAAAUAUUCAAAAAACAGACAACUCCAUCAACAUCUACGGUUUCGGAACCAAACCAAGAUCUCCGAGCUGAAGAAACAUCAUCAAAACCAGAGUUUACACGCACCCCAUCUCUCCAUACAAGGUCCAUGAGCGACCAGUUGAGCUUAAACAGCACAAGCUUCAUAGGUUCAGCUUCGUUGUCGCCCGACUCGGUUCUCCACUCACCAAAGCUGCAUAAAAUCAUCUCGGGCAAAGAAAUGACGGAAGAAGAGUUGCAAGAUAACGGGAGUAGAAUCCAAGAAGAACCCAAAAAGAAGGAGACAGCAGCAAGCAACAGGAGAAGUAGUAGAAGGAAAAAGGGUACAAGCAAGAGCUUGUCAGACUUGGAAUUUGAGGAGCUAAAAGGGUUUAUGGAUCUGGGGUUUGUAUUCUCAGAGGAAGAUAACAAGGAUUCAAGGUUGGUUGAAAUAAUCCCUGGCUUGCAAAGAUUGGGAAGGAAAGAUGGUGAAGAAGAGAAUAAAGAAGCUGCAGGUGCUGAAGAUGAUGAUAGGGAUGAAGUUUCAAGGCCUUACCUAUCAGAAGCAUGGCAUGUUUCAGAAAGAAGAAAGGAAAACCCUUUGAUGAAUUGGAGAGUCCCUGCUUUGGGUAACGAGGUUGACGUCAAAGACAGCCUUAGAUGGUGGGCUCAUACUGUUGCCUCUACUGUUAAAUGAUUCCAUGAGAGUUGAGCUUUGAGAAUUCCCACCUCAUACAUAGUUUUGGGGUUUUUUCAUUGGGGGAUUUUCCCAAAUAUCUCUCCGGUUUUCUUUUUGACGGUUUCAAUUACUCGGUUGUCUUUGUUUUUUUCUUGUAAAUAGAAAUUAUUUUUUGUCGAUGAAAUUACUGAAUCUUUACUUGAAAGUUUUUUUA